AUGUUCUUUUUUAGAUUUUCAAUGGGUCGGACAAACCGAGGAUUCCAGAUGUCUCUUUCUUGGAUUCCUGGACAGGAUGGUUUCAUUCCAAACAAUGCAAUCGCUCUGGAAGAUGGAACAAGCAUUUGCCGUGCCGAACAUGAAUCCGCUGUAGUACCAGGCUAUUUGAUCCCUGGAACAAAGUAUGCACGCAUUGGCUACCAUGGUUCAGUCCUCGAGAAAUCCAGCUACGAAGUACUGUGCACCACUGGAGUCCAAUGCGCUUGCACGCACUACUGGAAGUCGGAUCGUGAAGGAUUAGUGCCCUCAGACUCCGUCAUAGCUGGUAUGGCACCAGAGAAACUUCCACUAUACAUAGCCCGGACACAAAUUGCUGAUAAAGAUGUGCUUGGUUAUGUAUUUGCGGAAGAGAGAUGCGCCUACUUCGUCCAUGAAGACUCCGUAGUAUCGAGAGACGUGUACGAAGUACUAGUCUGGGAGAAAAACCUAUUAGUAUGAGCUGCAACGCACCGAUUAAUGUAAUUACUUGUGACACCAACGAACUGGCCACCCCUUUUUCAUCCCCAAAUUGAAAGCAUACACUACUUUUUCUUUUCAGCAUCUUUUACCUUCUUAUUAACCGUUUGAUAAUCAUUGUAACACAGCUUCCCUCUGCUACUGUAUAUCGGAAUAUUCAAUGACGUUUUUAAACUAACGAUCCUCGGACACAUUUUUGCUUUCUCCGUUUUUGUGGUGGUCAAUG